UCGCUAGCUCGCUCAGACCAGCGCCCCCGCGCCACUCCCUCUGCUCCUUCUUGGCUUCUUCUUCCUCCACACGGCCACACACACGCCACCGCGUCCCCAACUGCCACGCCCACUAGCUCUGCGAUCCACGUGCCGGCCGGGCUUGCUUGCUCCGUUCAUCGACCAUCGACCAUGGAGGGCGAGGCGCCGCAGCCGCACCAGCUGCUGCUGCACGGCGUCAGCCUCGACCUCCGCCUCGACACGGCCGCGCACCAGCAGCUGCCCGGGGCCCGGCGCCGGGCGUCCCCUGCCACUCCCGCCGUCGUCGACCACGCCGGCAAGGAAGGCUUCUCGUGCAACUACUGCCACCGCAAGUUCUUCACCUCGCAGGCGCUCGGCGGCCACCAGAACGCCCACAAGCUCGAGCGCACGCUCGCCAAGCGCAGCCGCGACGUCUCAGCCGCCACCGCGACGGCUUCCUCUUCCACGACGACCGUCCGCGGCGGCGGCAGGGAGCUCUGGGCUGCCCUCGACUCUCCGGCGAUGGCGCCCGUGAUGGGCAUGGGUUGGGCUGGCAGCACCACAGCGGCCGGUGGGGAGGCAGUGGCGCCGGAGAUAGACUUGUCUCUCAAGCUCUGACGAGCUAAUUAAGCCAGCAGUACUACAUUCCAGAGGCAACAUGUGCAUGCAUGCGCGCGCCUAGCUAGCGUGUCAACAAGUAGCGCUUAGCAAAUUGUUGCAUGUACCUGGCGAUUAAUUAAUUAUCUCGAUUAUAUGCAAUUGAUUGUUUCAGCUCACCGAUAUAUAUAUAAUUCACAGCCCUCUUUGAUUUGA